CCCCAAGUUCUGCCCGCCCCUCCCACUUCUGCCAAGAGAAAGGGACUUGAAACCCAUCAACAAAUUUUUAUGACGAACUAGCAUUUUUGACUAAAAGCGUCUAAUUUUACUGUGUUUUCGUCAUUAUGUAACCGAGGGCUUUUCAUUCACUGGUAGUUUUCUGUUCCACGUCGUCCCUCCUUGAGCUCUACCUUGUUGAAAGCCAAGCCAGAGAAGAAGAGGGAUAUGUGACCACCUCUUACUGGGAGGGGGCGAGCAAGAAAGUGGCUUCCUUGCUUGUUACAGCUCAGGAACAGGAGCCUAGAGAAGGAAAGCCAGCAGAAAUUGUGUCAUGAUGUUUGAGACAGAAGAAAAAGAAGCUUCACCUGCAGCUAGUAAAAAGGCAGAUGUCACAGCAGGACACAUGUCUAGUAACACUCAACAGGUACAAGGUGGAGCAUCUGUGGCCUCCAUACAGCCUCCUGCUCCCACAGCAACGGAGGAUGAGGAUGAGAGUGAAGACGAAUCAGAAAUUCUGGAGGAGAGUCCCUGUGGCCGCUGGCAGAAACGCAGGGAGGAGGUGAAUCAGCGUAAUGUGCCUGGGAUAGAUGCUGCAUACUUGGCUAUGGACACAGAGGAAGGGGUGGAGGUAGUUUGGAAUGAAGUCAUGAUAUCAGAGAGGAAGAACUUCAAACUGCUGGAGGAGAAAGUGAAGGCUGUAUUUGAUAACCUGAUCCAUUUGGAACAUGCAAAUAUUGUGAAGUUUCACAAGUACUGGGCUGACACAAAGGAGAACCGGGCUAGGGUGAUUUUCAUCACUGAAUAUAUGUCAUCAGGAAGCUUGAAGCAGUUCCUGAAGAAGACAAAGAAGAAUCACAAGAGCAUGAAUGAAAAGGCUUGGAAGAGAUGGUGCACACAGAUCCUUUCUGCUCUCAGUUAUCUCCACUCAUGUGACCCACCCAUCAUCCAUGGCAACCUGACCUGUGACACCAUCUUCAUUCAGCACAACGGGCUCAUCAAGAUCGGCUCAGUUGCUCCAGACACCAUUAACAACCAUGUGAAGACUUGUCGUGAGGAACAGAAGAACAUGCACUUCUUUGCUCCAGAGUAUGGAGCUGUUGAUGAUGUCACCACAGCUGUAGACAUCUAUUCAUUCGGCAUGUGUGCAUUAGAGAUGGCACUCCUGGAGAUCCAGGGGAAUGGAGAGUCCUCUAAUGUUUCUCAGGAGGCCAUAAACAGUGAAAUACAGUUACUGGAGGACCCACUGCAGAGGGAGUUAAUACAGAAGUGCCUCGAGUGUGAUCCCAGUACAAGACCUACAGCCAGAGAGCUGCUGUUUAACCAGGCUCUGUUUGAAGUACCACUGCUAAAACUGCUAGCUGCACAUUGCAUUGUCAGUCACCAACACAUGAUCCCUGAAAAUGCCCUAGAGGAGAUGACCAAGAACCUGGACCCCAACCUGGUCAUCGCUGAGACAAAAGAAGAUGUUCAGCUCAAGCUUUUCCAGUUUCCUGCUUUGGAGCUUGAUAAAUUCCUGGAGGAUGUGAGGAAUGGUAUUUAUCCAAUGACAGCGUUCGGGCUGCCCUGUCCUCAGCAGCCUCAGCAGGAGACGGUUAAAUCUCCUGUUGUCAUCCCCUUGGUCAAAUCCCCCACCCCUGAACCUGCAGAGCUUGAGACACGGCGGGUCAUUCAUAUGCAGUGUAAUGCUGAACCUGUUGAGGAAGGAGCAAAGUUUCAUCUAACAUUACUGCUGAAACUGGAGGACAAACUGAAUAGACAUCUAAGCUGUGACAUGUUACCUCAGGAGAAUGUUCAAGAGUUGGCUGGAGAGUUGGUGCAGCUGGGCUUAAUCAGUGAGUUGGACCAAAACAAGAUAGCAUGCCUACUAGAAGAAACUUUCAGCCAAGUUCUUCACUAGCAAGGGUUUCAUCAACCGUGUCUCCUCACAAAUACACUCUGUCAAACCUGUUACACAUUUUUUUUUUAAUUACUCAACACAGUGACUAUAUUUAAUGUAUUUUUUGUAUCAUUAUACCAAGCCGUAGGCAGCAAUGUGACCAAAAGUGUAAGUUUUUCCUUGGAAUCAGGGACUAAAACUUCCUAAAAGCACAUAAAAGCUUUAAUAUGAAGCCAGUUUUACUCCAAAAAAGGCACAUGCAUUUUAUUUAAGUCAAAACAUACAUAUACGCAUACAUACAUGGAAUUAUUUUGAAUGAACUGGCUAUUAAGCUGGCUGUUAAGUUUAAUUAAAAUAUAUUAAUGCUGCAACAGACAUUUUGAUCACAACAAUACUGACUAGAUUACUUGCAGCUUUAUGAUGAAACCCAGUUUUUCUCAAGCACAGUUGUAUUAUAGUGAGGUGUUUACAUUAUGAAUUGCUUGGCCGGCCUGUGUCCCGGGAUGAAACAAUCUAAAUCAUCAUCAAAGACUGAUUCAGGCCUUCACUUGAGUCACAUCACAUAUUAACUCUUGUACUAAAUUUUACUAGUUGGACCUACACCCUUUGAGCACCACCAAAGAAAAUUUUUACAAAUUAAGCUAACCCUUUCUUUUCAACCAAUGUCAUUUCAUGUGGUUCCCUCUUUCAUUUUGCCCCUUUUUAUCACCUAUCAGAUUAAAUAUAUAGAAUAGUUUGAAAACUGCAUUGCAAAGAGGGAACCUUCAAACUUAAUUUUUUAAAUAGAACUAUUUACCCAUGGAUAAUGUUUGUAAAAGGCCUUUGAUGCACAACAAAAUGUAUGUGCAUUACUGCAUAACGCAUUUUGGUCGGGCAUCUUGCCAGCUCUCUCUGGAAGAUAGUCACUUUGAGGUACUGUGAAUUUAGUGUUACUGAAUUUCCGUUUGUGUGUUUGAUUUUAUAUUUUUGCUCUACUAUUUGCCUUACUGUGGGCCUACGCACAUGCCCUAAAGUUUUCUUUUUUCCAAUUGUUUUUCUUAUUUUAUUAAUUGUUUUACCAUUUGCUGCUUGUUGGGUUCACACAUGCUACUCUGCCUUUAAAAUUCAUUCAUGUGAGACUUGUGUCGUGAACUCAGCUGCCAUAUGCUGUAGAAAGAGGACCUAGCCUCUUGCUGAUACAUCCAUGUGAGAGUUUCAUGUUUUAUUUAUGUUACAAAUACUGUAUAUCAGGUGUUUUUCUUUACUUAUUUCCCUUUUGUUUACUUAAGUUCCACAUGGAGACCACAUUGUGGAGAAUCUGAGCCAAUACAGAACUUCUCUAGUUUGUUUUCUGUUGCUUUUAUUUUCAUCUGAUCAUUUGAUAAAAGUGGGACCUAGUGGAUUGACAAUAUCCUUCACAGGUUUACCAAAGCUUCUAAACUUGAAUAAAAUAUUUUAUAUCAUGCCGGUCUUGUUUAGACUUGCAUUGAGAUCAAGGAGUUGCCUGUGGCCUUUUUGUGACAGUUUGGCUCAGAACUCUUUGUGGACUACUGGUACUACUGUGUCCGAGAGCUCACAUAAUUCAGUAUCUUAAACAGGCAAUAAGAGUAUAUCAUUCUCAAUAUGUAUUGGAAAAAACAAAACAACAGUUGAGAUAUUGUUGCAUAAAAUAGCUUCCUUUGAUCUGGUAUUUUAUUUAAAUUGUAUUUUGUCUUACAAUCACUCUGCCAGCUUAAGUUCCGGCAGAGCUUUCCUCUGGUUGUUGAGUUGUAAUGUUAAAUUGCAAACAUCACUAAUGAGAUCAUAUUAAUCCAAUGAUCUCAACUCGUGUAUUUCUUGAGUAUUUUUUUAUGCCUCUGCUCCAGAGAUAGCCAGGGCCAGAGGCAUUAUGUUUUUGAGUUGUCCGUAUGCAUGUCCGU